CUUCUAUUUUUGGACUGCUUUGAAAUUAUUGUAAUUUUAGCUUUUAAAUUUUGUGUGCUUUGAAAAUUGCUGCGAUGUUGAGGAAUCUUCUGAAACUGCCUGCCGCAGCUGCCCGGAGAGGUCUGCUGCUCUGUCGGGAGGUCGUCAAUUGUACAACACCACCGCUACUGCAGCGUAGCUACAAAUGCCCGUUGGAGGCGGUAUACCCCAAGGACCCGGCCAACAAGAUCAUCUACUACCGCUACCCAACUCCUCUUCGAAAGUCAAUCAUACGACUCAUGCAGGAAGCGAAUGAAAUGGAGAAACGCCGCCAAAUGGCCGCCAAAUGCGAAGAAAAGUCACAGAAGAUCCAUAAAGAGACCGAAGGCGUGCUUUCAAAUUUAUGUGCUUCGAAAAUUGCUGCGAUGUUAAGGAAUCUUCUGAAUCUGCCUGCUGCUGCUGCAGCUGCCCGGAGAGGUCUGCUGCUCUGUCGGGAGGUCUUCAAUUGUACAACACCACCGCUACUGCAGCGCAGCUACGCUAACAAAUGUCCGUUGGAGGCUGUAUUACCGGCGGACCCGGCCAAUAAGGUCAUAUACUACCGCUACCCAACUCCUCCGCAAAAGUCAGUCAUACGACUCAUGCAGGAAGCGAAUGAAAUGGAGAAACGCCGCCAAAUGGCCGCCAAAUGCAAAGAAAAGUCACAGCCGAUCCAUAAGGAUACCGAAUGCGUGGCAACGACACCGCAUCCAAAAGACGUUCAAUGCUAUGCAAAGGACAUUGGUGGUUCCUGCGAGGAAGCAAAGGCCAAAGUGGUUGUAAAAAGCGAGCUACCGACAUUGGGAAAUAUGGUGCUACGACGCAGGUCAUGGCACCUGGUUAAAAACCCAAGCGAAAAGGGGCCAUUGGAGCCAAGCCGGGAAGAUGACUCUAGCAAAUAUAUCGUGACAGCAUUUCAAAAGAUUAAGUUUGUGCCCAACGUGCCCUUUCGUAAGCCCGAGAGGAGCGACUGCCGCAUUAAAUACGAGAAGGUGUCGGCCACAGUGCGAAUGUAUCGUCGUGGAAAUUAAUCACAGUAACUCCCAUCGUGCGGCGGCUGAAGGCAGCAGAUUGUAUUUGUAACCAUUUGUUAGCAUCAAUUUUAUAUAUUUUAAAACAUUUUUAA